UUUCAUUCCUUCCCUCCAUAUCUCUCUCUCUUCCAUUUCUCAUUUUCUUUUCUUUUUUUUUCCUUCUAGGUUUAUAAUAGCUGGAUUUCUGACCUUAUUGUCUGCUUGAUCAUCAACACCAUCCUUUUCUUACAUCUUUGUUUUCUUUUCUUUCUUUUAUUUUUUUUCCCCUUAAACCCUAUAGUUAGUUUUUAUUAUCCCCCCACAACUUCUCUUAUACCAACCAACUUCAACAAAGAUGACUCAGGCGGCGGCUGUGGCGGCGACGGUAACACCCACUACUACUAACUAUACCGCCGGUCAGUUUGGUGAUACAACUUAUACAAAAGUUUUUGUUGGUGGGUUAGCUUGGGAAACCCAAAAAGAUACUAUGAAGACUUACUUUGAACAGUUUGGUGAGAUCUUGGAAGCUGUUGUCAUUACUGACAAGACUACUGGCAGAUCUAAAGGCUAUGGCUUUGUGACAUUCCGAGAAGCGGAUGCCGCGAUGAGGGCAUGUGUUGAUGCAGCUCCAGUGAUUGAUGGUAGGAGGGCUAAUUGUAAUCUUGCUUCUUUAGGUGUUCAAAGAUCCAAACCUUCUACUCCUAAUAAACUUGGUGGAGGAAGAACCAUAAGAGUUAUGGGAGGUUAUGGAGGAGCAGGAUAUCAUCAUCACAAUCAUAACCAUCAUCAAGGUGGUGUUGGGGGAAUGGGAACAACAGCUUUCCCUUCAGCUACAGCCUUUCCUCAUUAUGCCAUCCACCAAGGCAUCCCUUUUCCUGCUACUAAUCUUUAUGGAUACUCCCCGUAUUCUCCGGAUUACACUUAUCCAACGAGUUACUAUAAUGUAUAUGGAGGUACAAAUGGGCAGUAUCCAUUUUAUGGAGCAAGCGUUGCUGGUGCAACGGGUGGUGGAAUGAUCACAGCUGCUGGUGCAGCAGCUGCAGCCGCCGCCUUCUAUCCGUACUUGAACAUGACAGAAGGCGGUCAUGGAAACUAUGCUACUGGUCAAAGCUAUGGUGUGUACCCACACCAUCUUUACCAGUAUUCGCCGGUGAAUUCUUCAGGAGGGUAUGCACAACAAUAUGGCACUCCUAUCUCCCUUGCUGCUUCUCCUCCAUUGCAACCUGCAGUUUGUUUUGCUGUGCCACAGGCGUAAACGUGGUUAUACAAUCUCCUGCUGCUCAUCAUUAAGAGAUUCACAAAUUGCAUUCAUUCAACCGGAAACCGCAUGCAUCUCUUUCAAUUCUCGAAAAAAAAAAACCUUUGGCCCAACCAUGGUUAUCUCUACUUUCAUUCUCUCUCUUUUAUGGAGUCCUUGAUGAAUCAAGGGCAUCCAAGGCAUGGAAAAAAAGCCCCCCAUAGGGGUUACCAUCCAAAUUUGGAAGACAUUUUUCUAUCUUCUCUUAGAAGGGCAGGGUCCCCUAAAAAGAGAAGGACACCCCAUAAAGCAUAUGCAUGUGCAUCUCACCAACUUAUGGCUAUGAAUUUAGAUUCAUAAGUUGGGGAAACUUUUAUAUAAGUUUUUUGGCUAAUGGAAAAAGGCCAAGCAACAAAAAAAAAAAAAAAAACUAAGACAUCAUAAUAUCAACUUAUUCCUCUUGAAUUAAGAGAAUUUGUAAAUGCUUUCAAGUUUUAAACUUUGAUAAAAAGGUGUCUUUUCAUAAUGUAUACAAAAUAGUUUAAUCAUGGGCAUUGGAAUGUGCCUUAAGUUUUUGUUUUAUUAACUUGAACCUAGUCUUAGAUUUUUAUAAACUUGGCUAGCUUGUUUUGGUUAAAACUUUUUUUUUUCAUGAAAAAAGUUGUUUUUUUUUUAUUAAAACCAACAUCCGUUUUUAGGGUAAGAACGGAAGUUGUGUCUUUUUAUAGCUUCUUUGUAAAUUUACUUUGGCUAAACAAUGGGAGUUUUAGCCAUGUAACUAAAUAACAUUAAGGCGUAGUUAAGUUGUAGUGCAUUUAGAUUUCUUUUCAAGUACGUAGCGACUUUUUAGCUAGGUAUCAUGAGAUUCGUUAAUGGAAACGAAGCUCAAAUGCAUUGGAAAGUAAACCGAGAGAGAUAUUUUCAAUCUCUCGGUUUAUGAUCUCUAACACAUCAACCAUGGUUAGGACUCAGGUCACCUUUUCCCCCCCCCCUCUAUCUCCCCUUAUCUUAAUCGCGCAUUAAGUCUACUUUGAGACUAAACUCGUUACUCUUUUAUUAUAUGUAAUCAUGAUCUAAGGUUUGAACUUGGAGAUUGUAACUAGGAUUAAUGUUGUUUAAUUUCAUGACUCAUUCUCAAUCAAUGGUGAUUGAGAUAUGAGCCUCUACUUACUCUCUUUAUUCUCA